UCUUCUCAGAGACUCUCAUCAAACUGUCUUCAAGAAUGGCAGACAAUCCAACGUUCAAAAACUUGCCCCCAGGCUAUAGGUUCCACCCCACAGAUGAAGAACUCAUCACCCACUACCUCUCAAAUAAGGCCAUGAAUCCAUCCUUAACUUCAAGAGCUAUCCCAGAUGUGAAUUUCAACAAGUGUGAACCAUGGGAUCUACCAAGCAAGGCAAUGGUAGAAGAGAAAGAGAAAGAGACGGAGUUUUAUUUCUUUUGCCAAAGAGACAGGAAGUACCCAACUGGUAUGAGAACUAAUAGAGCUACUGAAUCUGGUUACUGGAAAGCAACUGGAAAAGACAGAGAAAUCUUCAAAGAUGGCAAGUUGUUGGUUGGAAUGAAGAAAACCCUUGUUUUCUAUCUUGGCAGAGCUCCUAAAGGCCACAAGACCAAUUGGAUCAUGCAUGAGUACCGACUUCAACAAUCAAAAUGUGCAUGGGUUGUAUGUAGAGUAUAUAAGAAGAAGAAAGAGAGUGAAAAGAGUGUGAAUUCAUCAGAGAAGAGUAAUACAGAAGAGGAGGAACAGAGUUUACAGCAGGAAAAGAUACAUGCAAAUCAAACAAGUUGCAGUUUGAAGAACUUUGGAUACUUGCACCAAAAUGAAUUGCAGCAAUCUCCAGUUCAAUCUAUAGUUACUACUGCAUUGCAAGAUGGAGUGGUUAAUCCUGAAGGAAACACUAGGAUUUCAUCAGCUAACAGUGGCUAUAAUAAUCUCCAACCUUUGGAAAAUUAUCUUCAUUGUUCUUAUGAAGAUUUGAAGAACAUUUACAGCUGGAACUGAUCAUGAGUUAGGUAUACAUACUUUGAAUUAUUUAUAAAUUCAUAUAUAUGUAAUAUAUAUAUAUAUAUAUAUAGGUGUCAUUUUUCAUGAACUUAUUGGUUUCAUAUCAAAUUUGUGGGGUUUUGUUUUUCAUACGCUAUGAUUUUUGUACUUCAUAUUUUAGGUUAUGAGUUGGAGCUGUUUAUAGGUUAAGUUUUGGUGUUAUUGUUGCAUCUGUAUUAUUUUUUUCUUUUGGUUUUAAUGAUGUACUUGGUACAAUGUAUGAUUUAUUGCUGAUGAUGUGAUUACAAUGUAUGAGU